AUGGCGUCUUUUGUGACUGAUCGCGGUUCCGAUAACGAUAACCCCGAUGUCGACCCUGUAUAUCCUCAUCAGCUCCUGCACAACCGCUAUGAGGUUAUCAUAAAGCUUGGCUGGGGGGCUUUCUCGUCCGUCUGGCUGGUAAAGGAUCAACGGCAGCUAACAUACAAGGCCGUCAAGAUUCUUAACCCCAAGUGGUACGAUGGGCAGAAUGGCCUGUUCGAACUCGAGAUCUUGAAGCAUCUUCGGACGGCUGAUACCACGCACCCGGGAUACCGACAUGUCUUGUUUCUGCUGGACGACUUCAUCUACCAAGGCCCGCUUGGGCGGCACGUCUGUCUCGUGAUGGAGGUUCUUGCGGAAGAUCUACGGCGCUUCAGCUUUUUCUUCAAAGACGCCAGAAUCCCCGAUACCAUCCUGAAGUCUAUCACCCGCCAGCUGCUGAAGGCAUUGGAGUAUGCGCACUCCUGUGGGGUUAUCCAUACGGACAUAAAAUCUGAUAAUAUUAUGGUAAAAGUUCGAGACUACUCCGUGAUCGAACGCUGGCUAAAGGCCAAGGAGACCAACCCCGAUGCAGAUCUCGGGACCCUCAACCUCGACCGCCCAUACUGGCUCUGGGGGGUGCAAGUGGUCAUUUGCGACUGGGGUCUCGCGAGCUGGGUGGACCAGCACCUCACCGAGAACAUCCAACCGCGGAUAAUCCGCGCCCCAGAGGCCCUCCUCAAGGCACCGUGGAGCACGGAGGUAGACAUCUGGAGCGUCGGCGUCAUGCUCCCGGAGUUCUUUGACUGUCAUCAGAUGUUUAACGGCCGGACCGUGAAUGGGGAAUAUAACAUGCGAUAUCACCUGGCCGAGAUGGACGCCGUGCUUGGUCCGUUUCCUCACCGGCUGCUCUCUCGCGCCGACAAGCAGCUCGUGAAGCGCUUUUUCGAUGAAAAGGGUCGCCUGCAGGGCGCGGUUGACGGCCCUCGCGCGAGGCUUGAUGUUUGGGUAGGCCGGGAGUUGAACCAGGAGAAUACGGACCUUCUGUCCAUGCUUUGGGCUAUGUUGAGAAUCAACCCGGAGGAUCGUCUGCCUGCUGGUGCUUUGCUGAAUGCUCGAUGGCUCCAUAGCAUAGUUUGAGGUCGUGCUGAUGGUGUUGGGUUUUGUAUCUUGGGUAUUUGGUGGGGUUGGGGGCGGGAUGUCUUGGUCGUCAAUGGUGAAUGUUCACUGUUUACGGAAUAUGGUGGCUG